UUGAAAAUUUUGUAAGUGCGAACUAUUUUUAUUUUUUAAAGUAUUUACAUUUGAUUGAUUUAAAUAAAAUAAAAUAUUUUACAAUAAUUACAAUUUAAUCCUAAUGUUUUAACGCAAUUGCUUCUAAGUUUUUCAACAAUUGAAAAUAAAAUACUAUGGAUGAAUCUAAUAAUAAUGGGGAAGAAGGAAAUAUAUUGGAUGUUAAUCAAGAAGAAAAUAAUUCAAACGAAGAAAGUUCUUCCAAUCAUUCAGCGGGGGAUCCUGGAGGAUCGGUUGAAGAUUUGUUAAGAUUUCCACAUAGAUUACUUUUGGAUUUGGAUGAGGAAGAGCCGUUAACAGCACGCAGAAUAGGUGAAAAUAUAUUUCAAGAGAUUCGAAGACCAAUACGUUUAACAAGACAGUUUCGUAUACGCCAUCAUUCACAACCUCUUAGUGAUGAUGAAGAUGAACUGCCAGAUCCUGAUCCAGAAAGUGCAGAAAAUUUUGAUACAGAUUUACCGGCAGAACAUUCAUAUUUAGGGAGUAAUUUGUCAAGAGUGUCAGGAGUUAAUUAUCUGGAAGCGGGAAAAUUAUAUAGAAUGUUGUUAUUUAAUCACAAAACAUUAUUAUUUCCGGGUGAAACUUUACCUAUGAUUAUACCAAAUUAUAUGUUUGAUCCAGGUUUAGAUCAAGAUGGCGAUGGAAUACAAUUUGGUUUAAUGUUUCCAUCAACUGGAAGUGAUAAUCAAUUGUUUGGGGUUACGUGCCAAAUAUUUGAAAAAGGGACUGAUCAAAUGGGGCAAAUUAUUUUAAAAUCGAAAGCACAUCAUAGAUUUGUUCUUCAAAGAAAAGAUAAUCCUAAUUUUGAUGAAAUUCCACCGGAAUCAAAAACAUAUGCGUUUAUUCGUAUAUUGCCCGAAAUUUACCUGCCAGAUCCUUUAAAUUGUAUCCAAUUGGGAAGUUUAAAUAGAUUUCGUGGUAUAACUUCAAUGGAAAAAACCUUAAAAAAAUAUCAAGCAGCAACAACUUGUUUCCCAAGUUUUGUUUACGAACCGUACAAUAUGAGUACAAUAAUAGAAAAAGCUAAAAUUUGUUUGGAAUCUUACAAAAUGAAUUCAAUGCCGACAGAUCCUGUUUUACUUUCUUUUUGGCUUGGAAGAAACUUAUUACAUAAUAGUAAAGAACGCUAUAAACUAUUUUUAACAAAUUGUGUUAAUACACGUCUUCAAAUUAUCGAUAAAUCUUUAGAUAAUGAAAUAUUUUUCUGUUGUACUAGAUGCGAAUCAAAAAUCGCUAAUUGUAACUCUCUUUUUGCUAUGUCAAAACAUGGUGUACAAACAAAUUAUAUAAAUCCUGCUGGAUGUAUUCACGAGACGAAUACAGUUUACAAUUUAAUUAAAGACUCGACAUACCCGACAGGCUUACCAAGUGAAGAGUUUAGUUGGUUUCCUGCUUACUCAUGGCAAAUUAUACUGUGCCGACGUUGUGAUAUGCAUUUAGGAUGGAAGUUUGCUUCAACAAAGCCUACAUUGAUACCAAAAAUGUUUUAUGGUUUAUCGGGAACAAGUUUAAAAGUUCUUUUAAAAAAUGAAGCUGACAAAGAAUUGUAUCGCUCAUAAUUUAAAUAAAAUAAUUAAUAUUUAAAGUGUUUUAUAUCUUAUAAAAAUUGUCUAAUAUAUGGUUUAAUUACAUAUUUAUGUAA